GUUUUCUUCUCAGCAGUAUGUCACAUAGAACGAAAUUAUUGAAUCGUUGACAACUCUUCAUGGGGCCACUGUGUUACUUUUCGUGCCACUUACGGAUCGUAGAUUUUGAUUUCUUUUACAUUUUUACUUGUACCUUAUCACUUUGAAUAACGAGACGAACGUAGCGAAACCGUUCAGCGUUUUAGUUUAGCUUUUUGGUAGCUGUGAGGUGGAGGAAUGGUUUUGUGAGCUUUGGGAAAAAAUAAUUGGUAUCAAGGAUGCAGUCAUUCAACGUGUGGUUGUGUUUUUUAGCUAUAUUUAAUUGUAGGGCACAAGAUGCAUUUCCAAGCGCGAGCAACCACCAAUACCACAUCUGCAGCAUAUCGACGCAUUAUUAUGAUUGUCAGAUUCAAGGAGUUCGCAUUAAAAAAGGUGAAUUGCAUGAAUUUAAGCAUGAGCCACAAAAGCAACGGAUUACGUUCAGGGAUUCUGUUUUGCGUUAUUUACCGAAAUCAUUUAUUGAUGCAUUCCCGAAAAUGGAAUUGUUGAAAUUAAAUCAACUUCAAAUUACUACCAUAGAGGAUAACGCCUUCGAGAAUGCUGUACAACUGAAAGAAUUAUUUCUUGCCAAUAACCACAUGCAAACUUUCCCUGUUAACGUAUUGUAUGGUGCUCGUAAUCUGAAAAAGUUAGUUUUGACGGCGAACCUCAUAACAAAUAUGGCAUAUAAUUUUGAGAGCAAUAUUUUAUUGAACCAUCUUUUCGUAGAUAAUAACAAAAUUAACCAACUGCCAUCUUUUAAAUACAUACCUAAAUUAGAAACUUUCAAUGGAUCAAAUAAUGCGCUUGAUCAUAUCGAAUGGAAUCAAUUCAUUAGACAAACUCAACUCGAACAUAUUGACCUAUCCUACAACCAAUUAACAAACUUAGAUCUACAACUAUCAUCGAAAGUCCUUCAUACUGUUGAUAUAAGAAACAAUAAAUUGGCUAAGCUGAGAAUAACGUUACAAAUGAGCCAUCUUAAUAUUGAAAAUAAUGUUUUAUCAGAAUUUGUAAUAGAUCAAGUGUGCUUACUAGAAACAUUGAAAAUGUCCAACAACAAGCUAGCAUCCCAGCCAAAUUUUACAAAUUGUCAAUCAUUGGAAAUAUUGGAUGUAUCAAGCAACGCCCUAGAAAACUUCCGAUAUACAGAAAAGUUAGAAAACCUAAGAAAACUGAAUCUUGCACACAACAAUUUAUUUGAAUUUUCAAUAACACCCAAACCCAAAAAGCAACUUAAACUUACUUCUCUGGAUUUAUCCCAUAACAAGCUUUCCUAUUUAAUCUCACUUCCAUCAUUUACAUCCUUAAAGGAGUUAAGACUAAAUAACAACCAACUUCUUGGGAUUCAUAAAAAUCCUUUACCGAUGGCAGUACAGUUGUAUGUAUCGAAUAAUCAAUGGAAUUGUGCUGAUGUUGAAUCUUUUGCGAAUCUUGUAAAAGAUCAAGUUCAAAAUUGUACUGCAGAAUUCUACCUUACACACGGUAUUUGUUGUAAGCGUUAUAGGAAAACUUUCAAUGAUGUACUGAAUGAAAUGGUUAGACUUACCAAUUUUCAUGAACAAUCAGACUACGAUAAAUUGAAAAAUAAAUGUCCACAAAGGCAAUACAACACACAAAAUACCGACAUUGAAAGGAUCAGGCAAUUAGCUUCAGAAGCUGAUAGAAGUAGAUCGCAAAUAUACGAAGAGAUCGCCAGCGCUAAAGAAUCAGUGACAACAAAACAAAGUGAAUUAAACACUAUCAAAAAAAAGUAUCAUAAAUCCGACAAUUUCAAAUCAAACAUGGCAAUUCUUAUCGAAAAUAAGCGUGACACGUAUCAUGUAACGAAGGAAAGCUUAAUUACAGACAAAGAAAUGCUGAACAGGGUCAUAAAUUUUGUUCGCCAAAGAGACACUUUUAGUGCUGAACUGCUUAAUCGCCGUAUGAAGGAAACCCAAAAUACUCAUACAUCGUUUGGCCAAAAAACUGACGAAAAAGAGCAAAUAAAAUCAAAUAUUGAAGAGCUGAAAAAAAACCUUUCAAGCAUGAAAAAAGAAAUAGAAAAGCAGAGGAAGUUCCUCCAAGAACAAGUUAAGGGAAAUGCAUCAUCAAUGUACGGUGAAACGGGUAGGUAAUGAAAAUAUGUUAAUAUAAACAU